AUGAGAUUGAAAAAGAUUAAUAGGAAGCUGAAGGAUUCUUCUGAGAUUGACAAAGAUUCAUGUGCAUCUUAUUCUUAUCUAUUUUCUCUUUCUUUUUCUUCUUCUCUUAGCUACCUAGACAGCUUAGAUCGAAUCGGAGCUGCAGACUACCAGCCCACGGAGCAGGAUAUCCUCCGAACCAGGGUCAAAACAACCGGCAUCGUAGAAACCCACUUCACAUUCAAAAACCUCCACUUCAGGCUCUUCGAUGUCGGGGGCCAGCGGUCAGAACGCAAGAAGUGGAUUCACUGCUUCGAGGAUGUCACAGCGAUCAUUUUCUGUGUGGCGCUGAGUGGCUACGACCAGGUGCUCCAUGAAGACGAAACCACGAACCGCAUGCACGAGUCACUGAAGCUUUUUGACAGCAUCUGCAACAACAAAUGGUUCACAGAGACGUCUAUUAUCCUCUUUCUAAACAAGAAGGACAUAUUUGAGGAGAAAAUUAAGAAAUCUCCACUGACUAUCUGCUUUCCUGAGUACACAGGCCCGAACUCUUUCACGGAGGCUGUGGCUUACAUCCAGGCUCAGUACGAGAGCAAGAACAAGUCCCCCAACAAGGAGAUCUACACGCACAUCACCUGCGCCACCGACACCAACAACAUCCAGUUCGUCUUUGAUGCCGUCACAGAUGUCAUUAUAGCCACCAAUCUGCGGGGAUGCGGACUCUACUAA